GGUUCUUGAUCUCCUGCAAUGAUACAUCACUUGCUGGACGAUCUAAAAACGACCAAACAUUUGAAUUCAGCCAAUUCGUCAAAAAUGCGUGAUGUUCAAUUUUUAUCGCCAUCGAAUACAACGACAAUUGUUGACGAGCGUUCAUCGAGCCCAGCUGGCGAAAAUCGAAAAAUGUACAAAAGCGCACGUUAUGAAUACUCAUCUUCAAGUAGCACUCGUGAUGGUAAAAUUGUGGUACAACCCAAAAGCUAUGAGUCAGUCGAGCCAACAAACAUAAAUCAGCUAGAUAAUUUGUUGGAUGACUUAAAGCAGGAACGCGAUUAUACAUAUGAUAAAGCACAGAUGCCGGUAUCGAUUCUAGUUUACU